AUGCCUUCAAAAAUCAAAAAUGUUCCGAUUGAAGAAGCAUCAAUUGAUGCAAUUUUGUCAACUCCAGGCAUUUACACAUGUAUUGCGGUGCUUAUUAUCUUGAAUGACAAUCGAGUGUUUAUAUUCCACUCAGAUCCAACUUGCAUUGAUUUGGGAAACGAAGAUUUUAUGGAAUAUGAAAUUCAGAAAUUGAUCAAAGAUUCUAUUUCAUUGUUCACAAAACGUGAAAAUAAAAAGAGUUCAUGCUUUAGAAGUAUUUUCAUAAUUGGUGGCGCAAGCAAUGAGAAAUAUAAAAAAUUCAACAGUGAAUUAAAUAGAAUGAAAGCGAACCAUAGUUCACUCACGUCAAUGAUCGAUGAAUUGAAUGUUGAUGCUUUAAAAAAUUUUAUUAUAUGCAUUGUCUAUUCGAACACAACUUUUAAUUUGUAUGGUGGUAACGCAGAUGCAGCGCAGGGGAAUGUAAGUCAUUUCCGAUACAACAAUACUUGCCGACCUUACAGUAUCACCACCAUUACUGUUUCUCGCUCAGUAUUACGAUCUAGAGAGAAAUCUGUAUGGUGA